UUUCUCCUUCUCUCUCAAUCUCCUUCCAUUCAUAUAGAGGCGCCUCGCACCCUUCAAUCGUCUCUCUCUCUCUCUCAAAUUUAGGGCAAGUUUUUCGGACGACACAAUCUGCUUCGACACUCCGCAGGACGCAGCCUCUGCUAUCGCCUCAGGUUCAGCCUCUCAGGUGACACCGUGACAAGGAUCCGCCCUUGCUGUCUCUAAAUUGAAUUAAGAUUAUUGAAUCAAACAAGAAGAAGAGAAAUGCCUGGAUUGACCUGCAACGCCUGCAACAAAGAAUUUCAAGACGAUUCAGAGCAGAAGCUCCAUUACAAGUCCGAAUGGCACCGUUACAACCUUAAACGCAAGGUUGCUGGAGUCCCAGGAGUGACAGAGGCACUGUUUCUAGGUAGACAAUCUGCACUUUCUGAAGAGAAAAAAAAGUUAAGUGAGACCCCAAUGCUCUAUAGUUGUGGCCUUUGUGGAAAAGGAUAUAGAAGUUCCAAGGCUCAUGCGCAGCAUCUAAAUUCACGAAGUCACAUACUUCGGGCUUCCCAAGGGACAAGGCAUCCAGAUGAGGGGAAUGCAAUAAUCAAGCCACUCCCUCGCCGUGUUUCAAAUCAGCCUCCCCAACAAAGAGAGCAAGAAAAUGAAGACAGUGAAGGAAGUGAUGAGUGGGAGGAGGUUGACCCAGAGGAAGAUUUGAUUGGUGAAGCAACUGAUUCUUUGACUCAUUUGAAUGUCAAUGGGCUUGCCACUAAUGAUGACAUGGAUGAUGACGAUGAUGAUGAUGAAGAAGAGCUGGAUCCAUCCUGUUGCUUUGUGUGUGAUCUAGAGCAUGAUACAAUAGAAAGCUGUAUGGUUCACAUGCACAAGCAGCAUGGGUUCUUCAUACCCGAUGUUGAGUAUCUGAAGGAUCCAAAGGGCCUCCUAACUUAUCUUGGCCUGAAGGUUAAAAGGGAUUUCAUGUGUUUGUACUGCAAUGAUAGAUGUCAUCCUUUCAACAGCUUGGACGCGGUUAGGAAGCAUAUGACUGCAAAAAGUCAUUGCAAAGUGCAUUAUGGUGAUGGUGGUGAUGACGAGGAAGCAGAGUUGGAAGACUUUUAUGAUUAUAGCAGCAGCUAUGUGGAUGCAGAUGGGAAGCAGCUGAUUGCAUCCGAUGAUUUGAGCAACACUGUUGAACUUGGAAGUGGUGGGUCUGAGCUCGUUAUAACCAGGAGAACUGAUGAUGGGAUAUCAAUGAAAGCACUUGGAUCCCGGGAAUAUAUGCGGUAUUAUCGUCAAAAGCCGCGACCAUCACCUACAAAUGAUAUUGCCAUCACUGCUGCAUUAGCCUCAAGGUAUAGGAGCAUGGGGCUGGCAACGGUGCAGUCAAGAGAGCAGAUGGUUCGGAUGAAGGUGAUGAAGCAGAUGAAUAAGUCGGGGGUGGAGGUCAUGCGCUCUAAGAUUGGCAUGAAGAGUAAUGUCAUCCGCAACCUCCCCAAUAAUGUCCCAUAUUAAUCCUUCAAAGUUAAUUGUUUUUUUAGCUAUUUCGUCUCUUCACGAUAAAACCUUUCAUCUCCAGACAUUGUUUAGUUUGUUUGUAUUCCUUCAUUAAUGUUUGUGAAAUUUUCCUUUCAACAGUAAUGUGUCAUAAAAGUAAAAAAUAAGGGUUCACCCAUCUCUUUCCUUUA